CAACACACUCUGCACCUCACCCACCACCACACCAUGGCCAAGAAGCGCACAAGUCUGCCGAGCGCGGCGGCGCCAGCAGGCAAGAAGACGACGUUUGGCGACGACGACAGCAGGGACGACGGCUUUGUGCUGCCGACGAGGACGGCGCAGCCGGUAGUCGACGACGAUGCCGAGUCCGACUCGGACGACGAUGACGACGACGCGCCCGAGGCUGUCGGGAUGAGCUCUGGGCGCGAGGCCGAGCGGCGGCGAGAGGCUGCGGCCGCUGAGGAGCGCGAGGCGGCACGCGCCGCGGCCAAGGCGCGGUCCGCGAAGAUUGCGGCUGCGAAGGGCGCUGCCAAGCGGGAAAAGCGCAAGCUCGAGUCGGACGAGGAAGCGAGCGACGAGGACGAGGAUGAGGAGGCUAAGCGUCUGAGGAGAAGGAUGGAGGCUGCGAUGGAGGCUGGAUCGGGCGAUUCCGAAGACGAGGACGACGACGACGAUGAGGACGCCGAGUCGUUCCACACCGACGAUGACGAGGACGACUCGGACGACGGCGCGGGAUCCGACGACUCGGAGACGCUCAAGGAGGGUCCCCUGACCGCCGCGGACCGCAAGCUGCGCGCGAGGAUGGACGCGAUGAUGGCCGCGAUGGAGGCGCGCGCAUUGGGCGAUGCGGCGCCGGCGGCCAAGGCGAAGGCGGAGGCUGCGAAGCAGCCCAAGUCGGCGCUGAAGAAGGCUGCGCCGGUGCCCGCUGCGCCCGUGGCCGACGACGAUGACGACGACACCACGUACGACCUCACGCCCGGCAUGCCCCGCGCGCUGCCUGCGUCGCUGCUCGCUGCGGCCGAGGCGGAAACCGCCGCUGCGGCCGAGUCGCGCGCGCUCGCCGCCCGCGCGCGCGGCGAGGAGAGGGCCGAGUCCAAGCAGGGCCAGCGGAGGCGCAAGAAGCGGCGUACCGAGCCGACGUCGAAGGCUAUCGACCCCAAAACCACGCUCCACCUCCUCCCGCCCGUGCUUACCUCUACGUCGGGGCUGCCACCCGUCGUUGCUCCGGGCCAGGCCGUGGCCUCAUCCGCCAAGAGCAUCAAGACGUUCUACAAGCGCGCGAUGAAGGACAGCGGCAAGUUGCCUGGCCGCGGUCUGCUUGACGGGCGCCAGGCCCGCCCCGCGCCCAAGAACAAGGCAAAGACAAAGGCAUAGAUAGAUUAACCAUGUACAUCGUACGCACGC